AAACAGUAAACAGGUCCAGUGUGUAAUUAAUUUGAGUCUUAAAAUAUAUUUAAAAAAUGUCUUUAACAAGAUUAUUGGAAACUUUUGGAAUAGAGGGGACAACGAAUAUUAUGGAUCUACUAAACCACAAAAAGAUUAAAACUGGAGGCAUUUGCUUGGCAUCUCUAAUGGCGGCAUAUGUUUUUUACAAAUGGCGAGAGGGACCCUAUUACAACAAACCCUAUAACCUAGAGGGCAAAGUUGCUAUAGUAACCGGUUGCAAUACAGGCAUUGGCAAAGAAAUGGCUUUGGACUUGGCGCGCAGAGGAGCAAAAGUGUAUAUGGCUUGUCGUAACUAUGAAAAAUGUGAACAGGCCAGAAGUGAAAUAAUCACAGAAACUGGAAAUCUCAAUGUGUUUAAUCGCACUUUGGACUUAGCGUCUUUGGAGUCCAUAAGACAAUUUGUUAAAGAUUUUUUAUUGGAAGAACCUCAUUUGGAUAUACUCAUCAAUAAUGCUGGAAUAUGUUGUGUAAAACGCAGCCUAACCGUAGAUGGUUUUGAACAGCACUUGGGUGUUAAUCAUUUGGGUCACUUUCUGUUAACCAAUUUAUUAUUGGAUAUUUUGAAAAAGUCCGCCCCUAGUCGUAUUAUAGUGGUAUCAUCUAUUAUACACUAUGUGGCCUCUAUUAAAAAGAAAGAUUUAAAUAGUGAACGUCAUUACAAUAAAAUGUUGGCCUAUGCCCAAAGUAAAUUGGCCAAUAUAUUAUUUACGCGCAAAUUAUCGCAACUACUCAAGGGAUCUGGAGUUACGGUUAAUUGUUUACAUCCCGGGGUGGUGAGAACAGAAAUAUGGCGUAAUGAUGCUAUAUUGGAUUUACUAAAUGUUCUAUUUAGCUGGUUACUGUUACGUUCGCCUAAAGGUGGGGCCCAAACAGCUUUAUAUUUAGCCAUCGAUCCGGAGCUAAAAGAUAAAAGUGGUGACUAUUAUGAUAGAAUGAAAAAGACCGAAGUAGCACCUAAAGCCAAAGAUGAUGCAAUGGCGGAAUGGUUGUGGCAAGAAAGUGAAAAAUUAGUUGGUUUGAAUAAGGAAAUUUAAAGCAAAUUUUUGAUUAAAAUUGAGAAAAUUAAAAAAAUAAAUUAAGAUUUUUAAAGCUAAAAAGUUAAGAAAAUAUUUAAAUAAAGAAAAUGUGAUAAAAUAUAA